AUGACGGAGUCAACGAACGUCACGAUAAAAGCCGAGCAACCUAAUGAAGCCGAGAUCAGGGAGCUGGCCGCAAAAAUGGUGGAAGCCAACAAAGCGAAAGCGCUGGUAGCUUCGGUAGCCGCCGCGCGAUCCCAACCCGAGGUACUCCUGGGUGCUCCGGCUGCAGCCGCUGGCCUGAGUGCUGUCGGUGGACAGAAUAUGGUUAUACUGAAGUUUCUCACUAUAAAACCUGGAACCCAGCAACAGACACCGGCGGAACCGAGACCGACAUUCGACGACAAGAAAACACCAGCGCCCGACGACGCUAGUUGGAAGGGUCACUUCGGUUGGGACACGCUCUGUGAAUGUCACGUUCCUUACAUAUAUCGAUCCGGAGAAAAGUACGUGGCGGUCCGGAUGGUGCCGAUCAAACUUCUCAACAAGUACCUGAACUACCAGCACGCUAAUUUAUAUUCUUUUACCUGUAUACAAAGCUACUACAUUACAGAAAUCGAAGCUCGGUUACUGAAUGAUAUUAACAACAGGUAUUGUGAUGGACAGUUCGGGUGUGACCCAUUUACACAGAAGGAUUUAAUAGUGAGACUAAUGGAUGCUUAUGAAUUCUACAAUUUCUUAGAUGUUUGUUAUAACAAGUUGUUAAGUGGUAAGACAAACAAUAACAAGUGUGGUUUCAUAAUGAUAAAUAAGGAGUGA